UGUAAUCUCAAGACAACUAAUAUGUACUUUUCUGUGUAAGAUUGGAAUUAUUGGUGGAACUGGCCUGGAUGAUCCGGAUAUCUUAGAAGGAAGAACAGAAAAAUAUGUUGAUACUCCUUAUGGCAAGCCAUCGGAUGCUCUGAUAUUGGGGAAGAUAAAAAAUGUGGACUGUGUGCUGUUGGCAAGACAUGGAAGGCAUCAUACAAUUAUGCCAUCAAACGUCAAUUACCGUGCCAAUAUCUGGGCUUUAAAAGAAGAAAAUUGUUCUCAUGUUUUAGUGAGUACUGCCUGUGGUUCAUUACGAGAGGAAAUACAACCUGGUGAUCUUGUCAUAAUUGACCAAUUCAUUGACAGGACAACUAAAAGACAUUGUACUUUAUAUGAUGGGCAACAUUCCAGUCUUUCAGGAGUAUGUCACAUUCCAAUGGCAGAGCCGUUCUGCACCAAAACCAGAGAGGUUCUUAUUGAGACUGCCAAGAAGCUUGGGCUUCAGUGCCAUUCCAAGGGGACAAUGAUCACAAUCGAAGGCCCACGUUUCAGUUCUCGAGCAGAAAGCUUGAUGUUUCGCAGCUGGGGAGCUGAUGUUAUCAACAUGACCACAGUGCCUGAAGUGAUUCUUGCAAAAGAAGCUGGAAUGAGUUAUGCUAGUAUUGCCAUGGCAACCGAUUAUGACUGCUGGAAGGAACAUGAAGAAGCGGUUUCAGUGGAUAAAGUUUUAAAGACGCUGAAAGGGAAUGCAAAUAAGGCUACUAGCAUACUCCUUACUGCUAUACCUCAGAUAGCUUCCAUGGAAUGGACCGACACCCUGCACACCCUGAAAACAACAGUGCAGUGUUCGGUAAUCCUGCCAAAGCAGUAACAACCUGGAUGCAGCUUGAAGUUUG